AUGGCUAGCGCUCCGACCAACAGUCCCAUCAAGCCGACGCGUCUUAAGCAGAUCGCUGAAGAUGCUUGCCAGAGCGCGCUUGGCAGCGCCGAGUUCUACGAGCACGACAAGACGGAGCAGUGGAAUACGACGAUUAUCAACUCGAUCCUCAAGGCACUAAUCGCCGAGUCGCCGUCGGGCGUGGCCGGCGCGCCGACGUACAAGUUUGCGGUCAACAGCACGAUUGUGCAGCAUCUGAUCCCGACAUCGCAACUGAACAAGUCGAGGGGGGCGGGAACGGGCUCGGUCGAGGACGCAUCGGCCGAUGGUGAGCAGAAGAAGGUGACGCCGGACGCUACGAGCACAGACGGCAAGCCGCACGUGGGCCGGCGCGGGAUGCACAGCGCGCAGGCAGCGUACUGGAACGAGAAGACGGACGGCAUGUGGACAUACAAAUACGACGGCGGCGAGAGCAAGGGCCUGGACGUGGUCGUGAUGGUGCUGUGGGUGGCUUUUGACCGUUGA